AUGGCAUCAACAAAGAUAAAGGAACUCCCAAAAUCUAUUCUUAACCGGGCAUUAUUACUUGAGUUGGAUUUUUCAUUUGCAGAAAUCAUUGAAUUACCUGAAUCAAUUGGAAAUCUAAAAAUGUUGAAAGUGAUAUGGGUGGGUCAUAAUCCAAUAAAGAAAUUUCCUCAUGCUCUUGGAACAUUGAAGAAUCUUGAAGAGCUGCAUGCCCCUGAUUGUAAAUUGGAAGGUGAAAUCCCUACCAAAAUGGGAGAGUUGUCCAUGUUGAGAAUCUUAGUUUUGAGGUUUAACGAAAGAGUUAUUUUGUCGAGGAUUAUUGUCACGCUUCCUGUCUUGCAAAUGCUGGACUUAAAUACGUGCAGUGAGAUUCAAGAAUUGCCGGAGCUUCCCUCUAGUUUGACCUGUCUACUGCUGGAAUCCCUUUCUCUGCAAUUUGUCCCUGAUCUCUCAAACCUUACUAACUUAGUUAGAUUGGUCCCAUCUGAUGGGUUUCUGGUUAGAGGCACAACAAGCUUAACACAAACUUGUGACAUGCGAUGUUUCAGCUCAGCAGGGUUACCCAUCUCCAAGUUGAAAAACUUGUCAAUUUUCAGACUCUCACGAUCAGAGCUGAAGGAAAUUAAGCUCGAUGGGCUUUAUGAAUUGGCAAUUUUGAGUGUCUCGGACUGUGAACUCCUGGAGAGAUUAUCCUUUCCGUCAAACAUAAAUGAAAUUUCUGUUAUCGGUUGCCCAAAGUUGGUUGAAAUUCAUUUUCCAGGUGCUUUGGAAUCGCUUGGGAGAUUGGGUAUUGAGAGGUGUGAAUCUUUUGAAAGGUUAAGUUCUCUGCUGGAGCAAGGAUGUGAUGAGCUGACAUUUUGUGGGGGGAGAUUGUCCCUUCUAUUGAGAACCUUUAAGAAGCUCAAAGAAUUCAGUGUUCUAGAGUGCCCAAAGCUAGUUGAGAUUCGAGUUGUGGGCAGUCCGGAAUUAUUGGAGAUAUUUUCUGUGGAUGGGUGCUUGGUUUUGGAAAGAGUAGGCGAUUUAUCAAACUUGAAGAACCUCGAGUCGUUAAGUAUGAGAGAGUGUGGUGCUCUUCGAGCUGUUGAGGGCCUCGAUCAAUUGGAGGGCUUGUGUCGAUUGCUUGUUGGUGAUUAUGGAUCAUUGGAAAGGUGGAUUGAUGUAUUGAGUGUGAAAAUACCAGAUGAGUGCGAGAUGUUAAUUUGGGAUUGCAGGGGUUCAUUAAGUGACCUUUGUCCACGUAAAAUUGAGUGCAUCUCAUUCAAUCGUUACAGAGAGAGGAUUCUUCUUCGACCAAACCAGCAUCCAUGGUAUUAUAGAUUGCUUUGCUGUCUCUUAUAGCUCUAGGAGAUAUCGUUUUUGCUCCGAGGAGGAAGAGGAAUUAUGUCACCGAUUCCAUGCUCCAUUGGUUUAAGUAUCUCUUCCUUUCUAUUGUGCGUAGUAGGUCCUGUAGUUGUAGCCCUUCAUAAGGAGCCCAUGGGAGCUUCAAUUUUGUUUCGCUUCUGUUUUCAAUGUGCUCUAAUAUGUGUCCAAAGUACUGUAAUUGUAUGUUCACCCAAAUAUUGACGGAAUAGAUUGGUAAAUGGCUUGUCUUACUUUACAGGUGCAUUUUUCCAUUAUAGAUACGGAAAUUCAUUCCACUGGUCAUGGUUCUGUUCACAACUAUUGUUUUCUGAAUAUCAUAACCAGUUCCUUGACUUAUUUUUCUCAGUUGAAUUUUCAUUUGUCAAACGUCAAGCAUUUGAAAGUAUUGUCAUCAGAGUUGCUCAGCUUCUGGGCUUAUUGUGAUUAGAUUAAAGGUUUAAGUUUCAACAUGCUAGAGAUAAUUGUCUCUUGCCAUGUCUAAUUCGUUGUUAAAUGUUUUGAUCCCAAGUCUAUUGACUAGAAGGAAGAAGGCUAGGUACAUACUGCACCUGUAAGGCCAAUUCUUUGCACUCUCAAUGAGAUUAAUGACUAGUUACUGAGUUUUGAUUUCUUGUGGUGGCAAAGAAAAUCAACUUUCUAUUCAAAAUUGCAAGCACAAGAAUGAUGGCACUUUACAGAUGUAGAAGCGCAAUAGUUAAGCAGGUGAGGGGCGUCUUCAGUUUUGUCAGUCUGUUCACUUUCUCUUGAAAUCUGAUCUGCUACAUAUUUGACGUAGGUAGAUUUGUUGCCUUUCCUUUCAUCAUCGAUACUCGUGUAUCAUGGAAGCUGCAGUUAUCAACUAAAGAAUCUGUCAAGUACUUAAUAUUUCUGUAGGAAUGUAGUGUUACCUUUGAGUCAAAUGGGGGUUUCCAAACUAAGAUUCAUGCGGAGAUUCUGGCAAUGAAUGUUCAAUUUAGUCUCAGCUGUUCAACAUCUUGUGAUGGGAGAUCACAAGGGAGCUCAAAUUUGAACUCUUGAAAUGCCUAGGUGGACUUAAUUUCACUCAAUGACUCCAACUCGUUGAGUUAUGAGCCAACCAAAUAUGUGCAAUUGGCCCAAUUUGUACCCAAUAUGAAAUUAUUCAUUGCUUUGACACCUCAUGCAUGAGUAGUAACGAGAUCCACCUACAGAACCCAACAUGAGCUUCGCCUUGGGUUUCCUUCAUUGUAAAUUUGUCAAGAACAUGACCCUCCUGUUGUGAUUCACUUUGGCAUGCUAUAGAAGAGUAAAAAAAUAACUGCAGACUCAAUUGCUGCACUUCUGGUAGAACUAAAAUGUUGAAUGUAGUGGGCAUCAUCUUGAAUCUAGUAUGUAGAUGAGCAGAUUCAAUGAUACGAAUGUAUUUAAUGGCAACUAAAUAUUUUUCUCGACGUCGAACCACCAGCGGAAAAUAGUUCUUUUUCAUUUUUUUGCCGAAAGGAGAAUUUAGUUCGUUCUUGAAAAAUCUAUACUACUAGAGUUAUUUUA